CGGAACCGACGACGACGGAUCGCGAAUUGAUCCUCCCCGACCGUAUAGAUCGAGCCGGUCGCUUCCCAGUCAGCGAUCGUCCUCGACACGAAUGCGCAUCGUCCGAUGAGAAACGGUUUGUGAUCUUCGAAAAAAAAAAAUCAAACCGCGCAUCGACUUUUAUCGAAUCAACAUCGACGCGCGCUUGAAAAUUUAUACAGCAAUAAAUUCUACGGACAGAAAAUUCGCGCGAAUCGAGACUGAUCAUCAUCUUCGGUGAAAACGUCGGGCGGUGUGUUUAAAACGAGUUUUCUUUUGUGGUGAAUAUAACGGAUGAAUAGAACAGUGCGAAAGAGGAAAAAGAAGAGGAGAGGAAGACAUGAGAAGAGAAUCGGGAAUCGCGGGGAGCGGCGUUGCGUUGUGACUCGUCUGCGGUUGCACGUGAUAAAAAAAAGUCGAUAACGAGAAAAAUGGUGUUUGACCCUGUCUGCGAAGAGCAAAGAAAGCAAUUCUUCAAGCAGAGUUAUGGCGCUCAUUUACCUGGGUAUACGGGUCAUUGUCCCACGCUGAAAUUUCGCGUCGGAAAAAGAUUCGGAGCGAGCACGGAAGAAAUAAUGAAGGAAUUAUUGGAAAAAAAAAUCUUGAAAACUGGACCGUAUAGACCUAAUUCCGGUAAAGAAGUUGAAUUAUCAACUCCCGAGGAGAAAGAAAUUAAAGGAGAUUGGCACGAUACGCAAGUGUACAAGGCACCACCGUACAUUCUAGGAUAUACCGGAUAUAUUCCCGGCUUCAACAGCAGAUUCGGCCUACCGUUCAUGAAAGCCGUGGAAGUCGGUGCCAAAGAGUGGCACGAAACGCAGAGAAAAUUAAGAGCACGACGGGAUGCAAUGAGAGCUCAUGCAGAAAGGACAGAUCCGAGAAAUCUCCUGGCUCGAGCGCGAGCGGACAAUGUGGACGUCGAGAUCGAUCACGGUCACGACAGAGACAGAAGGACUUUCGAUUAUCGUGUCUCUCCCGAAAGACCGCCGAUCGUUGGAUACACCGGCCAUAUUCCAGGAGCGAAGGGCGAAGUCGCGCUUUCCAAGAGAUACGCUCAAGCCGCCAGGAAAGGUUUAGAACGCGUUCAAAAGGAACGCGAAGAGAGAUUCAGCAAGACUAAAGAUAUAGAGGCAGUUCAGAGAGUUCUCGACGAUGCAUACCUCGACGAAACGGGACACACACGUGCAUAAAAUAUAACGCAAGACGUUAUGAAAAAUAUUUGUUUUAGCAACAAGAUGCGUGUAAAAUAAAAUAGAAUAUAUUAAGACGGGAAGGAAAGAGA